CAAAAUGCAUGCUUUUUCGUACCGUACGGUAGGUCGUCGAACUCUGUCAAGAACGUUAGAAUUCCGUAUCAUGCUCUUUUGAAAUAGUUGGUGUCAUUUUCAAAAAAAUUCGAAGCCGAACACAUAACGCAGCUCAUGAAGGAAACACUCUGUCGAUUCUCUGCUUUCAGUCUACCCAAAGCGACAAACCACCAGUAACGCCAGAACUUUUGCGAGGUCGCGGUUACUGCUAAAGUUCUACACAGCCAAAAAGGAGAAGACCAGAACCAGAGUCUCCAGAUACGACACGGCACCUCGGCAGCCAUGUCGAUUCGUUCCUCCCUCGAGAGCGCCGGCAGCAGCGGCCCCGUGAGACUCAGCCAAGUGGUUGGGUCUCCGACCUUUCGCUCCACUGCAACCAACGCCAUUGCGGUUAUUCCGCUCUUGAGCAGCAGCCACGACGGAAGCGACGAUCCCACGACGCAUUCGAGCAAAUCGUUUGAGGAUUUUCUUCGCCUGCUGCAACGACACAAUGGACUCAAUAAAAUCAACGGCAGUAUGAGCGAUACCUAUGACAACUACGACGCAAAGGUCGACAGUGGAUCUCCCGUGGUUGUGGUGGUCCCCAAUUCCAAUCUCACACGCCCCAGCGAUUGGAAAUACAACGAAACGCCCCUUCGCAACUUUCACUGGGGGCACGGGUGCCAGCGCUUGCGGUUCUUUGACGGACGGCCCUAUCACAGCCGAUCGGCCCACGAUCGAUUGAUCAACCACGAACUGACGCGGAACUGGAUCGACCUUUGCCCCAGCCGUCGGACGGCCGCAGUUGUUGGAGUCUUGAACAUUCGGGACUGUUCCGAUAUGGCAACCCUUGAACGGGCGAUCCAAGAAUGGCACCAGUGGGCCGAGCGCUACUCGACGCCUCCGUACGAGGUAACGGCUCUCGGGCGGGACGUGGAAAGGGACACGGUGGUCCCGCGGCUAUUUGUCUUUGAUAGCUUUCACGAAGACCUGAGUCCGGGGGUGGACCUCCAGGCCGCCACAAAAAAACUCAACAUUACGAGCAACUCGCUGGUAGCAUUUCCUCCUUCCGGCGAAGAGCGCUCGCAAAUGAUGGACUUGCACGUCAACGUCGUGCUGAACGAUCUAGCGGUAUCAGUCUUCAAGGUAUUGGAAGACAAGAUCCGGGAGUCGGACUUGUUGAUGACGGGCAAAAACCCCUCGACCUUGCCACCCACCAAGACGGGUUUUUUUGGUAGAACGAGUGCCAAUAGCAGGGGUAGUUCGGAAGAUACAGAAGCCCCUCGAGGAGGAUCGAAAGACCUGAGCAUCGACACCCUAGCCAAAGUGGUGGGACCGAGCAGCAAACUUGCCUCAUCGAAAACGAACAAUCUCCGCAAUCUCGAGCAGCAUCGGUCUGCUUCUAUUCGAAUGAAGCUCGACAAUGCUAGCACAAACAAUAACGUCACGGAUACACCGUCGUCGGCAACAUCGACUACUUCCGAGGGGUCGAUUUCUGAGGCGACAACCAUUUCCGCGAGCUCCCCCAGAAGCUCGGUAAAGGCUCAAUUGUUGACUCCUCUAGAUGAAUUUUGGGAUUAUACCGAGUUGUCUCCAAAAGAUGCGCACGAAAUGAGGAAACGAGAAGUAGCACGACGAGAGAAGUUUGCCGCAGAUCUUUCCCUCUUAGCCGGAUCGCCACUGGAUGCCUACGAACGGUACACCAAAGCCGCCGAUUUGUGCAAGACGACCAGCCCGGAUCCCUUGUGGUACUCGAGCGCACUGGAGGGAUGCGCCGCUGCCCACAUUGCUAUGGCUGACGUCGGGGGAUUCAAUGUGGACGAGUAUCUCGAUUCGUCCUUUCAACUGCCAGAAGAAAUCAUGGCCUGUGCGCUGAUUCCGGCCUCGGAGAAAAAUGGAAGCAACGACGAGCUCAAAAAAUGCAUGCCCCAGGUAGUCCAGGCACUCUGUGAGGAUGCGUUGAACGUGACCUCUCGCCAUCCAAAGACGGCCUGCUUUCAUGCCGAGUUGCUUUUGAAGCUUGCGUGGUAUACGGCAGAGGUGGAAGACGGCCACCUCAGGUGUCAAUGGGGACUGGGAGGAGACGAAGGCGGAGGAAUAGAAACGUAUGGAGGAGAUCCCGAUAGCGACAAGCGUCGAUGGGGUGCGUUUCCGCAGCGAAGCAAUCUUGGGGUCGCCUUGGUUUGUUUGGAAUAUAGUACAUCAAAUACUUUCUACUGCUUACUCAUACGGCUUUUUGUUCGUCCUUUCCUUUUAAACUCAAAACAGACAAAGCAUCUGCAACUCGACUGAACUUUUUGGAUAUGAAAGACAAAGAUGGAGAAGAUAUCAUCAAAAUCAACACGUUGAAACGCCUUCAAAAAUGCAGCGAAUUUAUGCACAUGGCGGCCUCGACGGCUUGUUUGGAUUCUGCUACGAGAUCUGAUGUCGCCCUUCGUUGCAUUUCGAUAGCCUGGAGGGGGUUACGUCCGACAUUGUUGCCAACUGUUCGAGAACGAUCGAAAGAUCGAAUCCAAUUGAAGCGAAAAGCCGCGUUUUUUGCCGUCACUGCUGCAGAGGCAAUGUCUGACGUACAGGGCCACGUAUCACAGCAAAGAGCACAUGCAUUGUGGGCUCAGGCUUCCAGAUUGUUACCUCAAACUGGAAAUGACCUGGUGGGUGGAAAUUAUGGCUGGGCGACCCUUCGAGCCGUGGCGCUCCACGCCUUGGUAAUACAAGGAACGAAAGAAUCGUCCGAAGACGCUGCCGAACAACUAUUGACGCUUGUGAGUCGUAUAUCGCCCCCAAAUUGCCCCAAGAGCGAAAUCCUUCCAACUAGUCCCGUGAAGGGUGGGGGAAGAAGCAAUUCAUAUUUCGCGGGUGCGAGAUCGUAUCUUCGCGAAAGCGCAAAGGUAGUAGCCAAAGAUGCCCGCACCAGAUCGAAGGAGAUAUUCGGGAACGAUAUUUCGUCGCUAUUGGUAGUGCAGGCAAAAUGGGUUGAAGACGAUCCCGUGGAUCCGAUGCAGGUGCCUAUGAGUGAAUUUUCUUCUGAUUUUGGUCUUGGUGUCAUAGCAAUGCCAUCGGUUUGGUCGACUAUAAGGUUCGAAAAUUGUGCCUUGGCGCAAGAACAACUGAUUCAACAAAUUUUUGAUUUGAGGAAGAACAUCCCAGCCUGCACGUUGCAGAAUAUGAUCUCCUCGAAAAACAACCAAAACCUUCCAAUCGAAAUAACAUCUAUUGGCAUUGUCACCUCUGACUCUUCUACGAAGCUUGAACGAAUCAAACUAGAACCCAAAGAAAAGAAGAAGGAGAACGCCAUGUCAACCUUUUUCAAUCCUUACGCUAAACAAGAGAGAAAGCAAAAGCCAACAACGAUUCCAAGGGGCGAAGAGCAAUACAUAUCAAUCACGUUCACUAACAAAUUAGCUGUGCCCUUCGAGAUCGGCUCAUGCAAAUUGAAAUUCGACAGCUCAAGAAGUGAUCGGAUCAAGGCACCUUCUAUAUCGUUUGUGAUCCCUGGUCAGACCAAGAAUUUUGCUGUCCAAUUUCCUUUCAUGGUUCUCGACAAGCUCGAAAACGAUGAUAUCGAUAUUCUGCAGGUAAAAGGCAUAUGCAUAACUGCUUUAUCGCGAUCAAUCUACCUUCCUCUAGGAGAGGACGAUGAACCUAACAAAACGGAAGGCCAGAUCAUUCCGAAGAGUCUAUCAUUGUAUCCUAAGAGGGACUACACCAAAACCUCGAGAGUUGAGGAUCAGGAAAGCAAAGUGAUCUAUUCCCCUCAACUCGAAAUUAUACCGCCGCAACCAAAUAUUCAUAUUUCCUUUGCGUCAUCAACGACACCCAUCGAUAGUGAAACCAUUAUUCCAGUGCUUCUUGCAGACGGGGAGAUCUUUACGCUGCCAAAAAUGUGUGUUUCAAACGAUACCGGACUUGGUGGAAUCGGUAGAAUCGAAGAGCUUCAAAUAUCUGCAGUCGGUCUCCCUGGUCUUUCUGAUGUGGUGCUAUACGACAUGUCUCGAACAGAGGGAAAUGAAAAUGAUGUUGCUGGAGACAGCGAUGACAAAAACUCAAUGAAUGAUUCCAGUCCGAUCAAAAUUUCUGCUCAUUGCGUUGGUUUAGAUGCAGAUACUCUGAAUUCUUCGACCAGCGACUUGUCUAGCAGUUUCAUUUCUACAAAACUCUUUGCAUCCCCAAGUAUGGGAGCCCAAACCGCUUCGAGCCACCUGACUCUACGGUUCAGGUAUCGCGGGAAAGCAGUAUCGUCCGAGUUGGAGGUCUGGCGCAAAUAUGAAGUCCAAGUCCAUAUUCUGCGAGUCAAGGGUCCGAAAAUCCCUUCGUUGUCCUUUCGCUGUGAUUUAUUUUGGGAAAGUGGGUACUCUGAGUUGUGCAAUGCGCUUGCUAUCAAGGAAUCCGAUUCCGAACGAUCGUUGAGUCCCCGAGCAGGAAGCACGGGUGACCAAAAAAUCGGCCCAAAGCGGUUGGAUCGGGACCGUGGAAUUCAUGUCUGUAGCGACGAGGUCGUUGUGAUGAUAUCCGUGGCAAACGAGUCUAGUUCUCCGAUCAUAUUGUCGAGGAUGGAUGGCUUGCCAGUCGGUUUUGCCAAGAGCAAGAUGGACACCUUGAAAGUUUCCAAGGGAGUUAGUGCCAAAUUCCCAAUCAUACUCCCAAGACUCGAAAGGACAGACGACAUCUGCCAACGGCUUGUUGCCAUGUUAAAAUUCAAGUGGAAGAGUGAAAUUGGUGGCUCCGAGCUGGACGACGCCCAAGAAACCGGAGGCCCGAUGUUUCCGGUUAACUACCGCGUUCGCGAGGGCAUAUUGGAGAUACCCCGUCCUUGUUUGCAGAAGAUUAUCGACGAAAAUCCAAUUUUCUUGUCUCGGAUAUGCAAGGCCCCGUGCUCCAUUGGCGUCAGCAUUUUUGGAGGAUCAAACGGAAACGAGUCGCAACAGUCUGUCAAGAACGUUCAGGUCGGAAAACCAGUAGACGUUGCCGUAAGCGCCGAGAUUGCAGAAUGGCUUUCGGCGGAUCGAAAGGACCGAACGAAUUGCACCCUGAAGUUCUAUUGCGCGAGACAAAAUUCCUCGACAAACAAUGCCGACGGGAAAGAAAACGCAUCGUGUGCUAGCAACCAAAGCAAGGACUUCGUUUGGAUCGGCCAGAUUCACAAAACCCUGACGAUGGGAGAGACAUCUUCCGACACCGAUCCGCAUCGGGCCCGAAUCGUGUUCCUCAGCGAGGGCAACUUUUUUGUGUCCGCUUGCCUGGGUUUGAGCGGAGCAGAAGACAGAGGCGAUCCCAAAGAAAUCUGGUGGGCAGAAAAGGCGGGGAUGGUCCGUGUCUCGAAAAAAGGCUGAGAAACGACAAUUCUAAUACUAAAGUACCGUAAUUAAUAACAAUAUUUUGGACAU